GCGGGGUUGAGGCCAGUGUGUGAAUUCAUGACGUUCAACUUCUCCAUGCAAGCGAUCGAUCAGGUUAUAAACUCCGCCGCCAAGACGUGUUACAUGUCCUCAGGUUCCAUCGCCGUGCCCAUCGUCUUCCGGGGCCCCAACGGGGCGUCCGCCGGAGUCGCUGCUCAGCACUCGCAGUGCUUCGCGGCCUGGUACGGGCACUGCCCGGGCCUGAAAGUUGUUAGUCCCUGGAGCUCAGAAGAUGCCAAAGGUCUCCUGAAAGCAUCAAUCCGGGAUGACAAUCCAGUUGUGAUGCUGGAAAACGAAUUGCUGUACGGUGUUCCCUUUGAAGUGUCUGAACAGGCACAGUCAAAGGAUUUCAUUGUUCCCAUUGGAAAAGCUAAAAUAGAACGGCAAGGAACUCAUGUUACAUUAGUGUCACACUCAAGACCUGUCGGACACUGUUUGGAAGCAGCUGCUGUACUUGCCAAAGAAGGUGUAGAGUGUGAGGUUAUAAAUCUGCGUACCAUUCGACCAAUGGAUGUUGAAACAGUGGAAGCCAGCGUUGUAAAGACAAACCAUCUUGUAACUGUAGAAGGAGGUUGGCCACAGUUUGGAGUAGGAGCUGAAAUCUGUGCCAGGAUCAUGGAAGGACCCGCCUUUAACUACUUGGAUGCUCCAGCUGUGCGUGUUACCGGUGCAGACGUUCCUAUGCCUUACGCAAAAAUUUUAGAAGAUAACUGCAUACCUCAAGUGAAGGAUAUAAUAUUUGCAGUGAAGAAAACACUGAAUAUCUAAGUUGUAAAUACAUGUUUUAAAGGCCUGCUUUACAAGUAUUAAUGGUGAUGGGCAAGUUGUCUGCUUAACUUCUGUUGUAUAGCUACAUGAACUUUUGUACAGUGGGGAAAGUAUAGUGACCUCCCAGAAUAUUUAUACGGGCCACUUCAUGUAAGCAACGAUGUGUUAAUGCUUGUUUGUUCAACAGUACAGGUGGGUUAGUGCUGCUGUACCUGGAGAAAUCCUAUUGUACAU